AUGAGUAUAAAAAGAAUAUCAAUUAGGAACUUACUAUCAUAUAAAGCUGUCGAUGUUGAAUUAGGAAACAACUUAAACAUAUUUGUUGGUAAGAAUGGAAGUGGUAAGUCUAAUUUCGUGAAUGCAUUGUUAUUUGCACUUACAGACAAGUUCGGAAGUUUAGAUAGAAAGAUGAUUGAAAAUGUAAGUAUUUAUUUAAUAAACAUUAUAAAGAAUCUAAUUUCAGAUGAAUAGCUACCUAUAUAAGUUUCUAUCACUUUAGAUAAUGGAAAUUAGAGAUUGCCUUACAGUACUGAAGAAGUUACAAUAAUGAGAUAAAUGACAACAAAGGAUGAGUAUUUUUUAAAUGGAAAGGCAUCAACUGUAAUUUAAUUUAGUAAUUUAUUACAAUGUAUUAAUCUCUCCCGCUAAAAUUACUACAAUAUUGUUAGAUAAGGUAAGAUAAGUAGGAUCUCAUAAAUGAGAGAUACAGAAGUAUUUGAGCUUCUAGAAGAGGUUAGUGGUGUAGCUUUGUAUGAAGAAAAAAAAUUAGAAACUAUGAAUAAUAUAAAAUAAGCAUAAUAAGAAAAAGAAGAGAUUGUGAAAAUAUUAAAUGAAUUAGGUACUUAAAUUAAAUAAUUACAUGAUGAAAAGGAAGCAUUUAAUUAAUUAAAAGAUAUUCAAAAAUAAAUAUAAUUACAUGAAGUUUAACUAUCAUUAAUAUCAGCUAAGAGUUUCUAACAUUAAUUAGUUGAUUUGAAUACAGAAUAAAGUAGAUUACAUAAUCAAUUACAAAGUCUUAUACAAUAAUAAUAGGAUUAUAGUAAUGCAUAAUUCAAAGCAAAUAAAGAAAUUGAAAUGUUUGAUUAAUUUCUUAGUGAAAAUUAGUACAAAAUAUAACAAUUUUAAAAAGAUGAAUUAAGUAUGCAAAAAUAAUUUGAAGAUUUAUCCAAAUAAUUAAAUGAAGUUAGAGAUAAAUUAAAUGCUCUUAAAAGUACUAGCAAAACUGCCAUCCAAGAAGAAUUCAAAACUACUGAAGAAAAUCUAGAAAAAGAAAUGAUAAAAAUUUAAGAAAAAUAAUUUUCUGUAGAUAAAGAUAUUUAAUAUUUCUAAAUCCUUUAAACAGAUGAUCCAAUCAAACGUUUUAAAGAUGAAAUUCAAUCUCUAACUAAAUAAUUAGAAGGCUAUCAAAAAGAAUAUAAAAAUGUUGAAUUUAAAAUCUCACAAAUUACCAAAGAGCUAAAUUAAUCCAAACAAUAAAAGUAGAAUCAAAUUAAUAUUGCAGAAGUGUAGAACAACAUCAAAAAAACAGAAGAUAAACUCUUAAAUUUAAGAAAAAAGCUUGAAUCUACUUAACUUGAUAAUAUGGAAUUACAGAAGACUAAAACUCAUUAAUAAUAAAAGUUAUGCAAACUUUAAAAUGAAUAAGAUAUCGAAUGCAAUUAACUAGAUAAAUAAAUGAGAGAUAUUUUCACAUCUUCAAUUAUUAAAAUUAUGGAGUUUGCAGAAGAAAAAGGAUUAACUGUUUAUGGAAUAUUUGCUUAAUUAAUGAAUGUUAAAUAAAAGCGAUUAUUGCCUCUAAUAGAAACUGCUAGUGGCCCUCGUUUAUUCAGUUUAAUUGUCUCAGAUACUCAAACAGCUAAAUAAAUUAUUGAUUUUAAUAAAGAUUAAUAAGGAUCUGUUUUAAGAAUAUAUCCUCUUGAUUUAAUAGAUGAUAGAGUCUCUUCUUUUGAUGCUCCAAAAGAUACUAUCAAUUUAUAAGACUAAGUUUCAUUAAAUGGAGAUUUUCCCAAAAAAAAGGCACUUAUUGCUAAAGUAAUUGGUAAAUGGAUUGCUGUUAAGGAUUAUCAAACAGCCUUAGAUAUCUCAUCCAAAUAUGAAAUCAAUUGUAUUACUUAAGAUAAUGAAGUUGUUUAUGCAGACAGUUUCUUAACUAAAGUUGGAGCUACUAAAGUCUAACAAAGUAAAACUAUUUCAUUAUAAAAAAUAUUGGCUAUGAAUCAAGAAAUUAAAAUGUUAACUAAAUAAGAUUAAGAGAUGGAAUAAUAAAUGGAAGAAGACUAAAAUAAGUUAUUAGAAAUUUAAAGGGAAAUUUAAAACUCUAAAAAUAAUUUAAACAAUUUAAAUCAAUAAUUACAAUCUUAAGAUAAUGCCACGAUUGAAAAAAAAUAAAGAGAAUUAGAUGCUCUUCAAUAACUUGCUAAAUAAUUAGAUAUUCCAAUACAGGAUACUAAUAAUAGGAUUAAUGAUAUUCAAUUAAAAUUAAAAAAUCCUAAACAAAUUAAAAAGGGAUUGAGUGAUGAAGAUAUUAAUAAUCUUUAAAAAUUGGUUAAAGAAAAAUAAUUACUAUCUCAAUAAAUGACAAAUUUGAUGAACAAAAAGAACGAAAUUAAAAUGAGGUAAUAAAAGAAGGUUGAUGUAAAUAAAAUUCAACAAUUAGAACAAUUACAAAAUGAAUUAAAAUAAUAAACUGACUAACUCAAUUUGUAAUUAAAAGGAAAGUAAAAAUUUCACUCAGAAAUACUCUAAACUUUAAAUGAAAAUUAAAAAAAUUUAGCUUAAGCUAUAAAAGAAAGAGAUAAUGCAAAAUUAGAGAAAAGUAAAAUAGAUUUAAAAAUUGAUUCUUUAAAAAAUUAACAAACUGAAUUUGAAAUGCAAGCUCAAUAGUGUGUUAAUUAAUUAGAAACAAUUGAAAAAGAUAAAAGAUUGAUUGAUGCAUUUAGUGAGAUAGAUGAAUAAUAAUCCAAAAAUUAAAUUAUUAAAAAGAUUAAAGAACUUAAAACAAAGUUUAAUCAUAAAUUUACUUAAAAAGAUUAAAGUUUGUUUGAAAAAUUAAAUGAAAUUGAAACACGAUUCUCAGAUUAUUAACAAAAACUAUAAAAUUUAAAAUAAAUUUAAUAAGAUUUUGAUAAUCUAUGUGAUGUGAUGGAUAAGAAAGCAGAAAGUUUAUUGUAAGACUAAUUAUAUAAAAAAUUUGCUGAAUAUUUUAGACAUUACUUUUUAUAAAUUGUUACCACAGGAGAAUGUUAAAUUAAAUUAAUAAAAGGUUUGAGAAAGAAUAACAAAAAAAAUUGGGGAAUAGACAUUAAAGUGUCAUUCAAAAAUAAAGAAGUUUAGAAUUGGACAUCCUUUUCUAGUGGUGAGAAGACCAUAGUUGCAUUUGUCAUUUUAAUUUCUUUAUAAAAAUGCGAUCCAGCUCCAUUUUACAUUUUAGAUGAAUUUGAUGCUGCUCUUGAUGAUAAUUUUAGAAAUCAAGUAGCUUAAAUAAUUUUGAAUUUGUCAAAAGAAUCUUAAUAUAUAAUUAUUACAUUUAGACCUGAACUUAUAAAUUUGAAUAGUGAUUUGGUGACAUUUUACAAAGUAUCUCAUCACAAUUAAUAAAGUUCAGUAAUUAAAACAACUUAAUAAGAAGCAAAGAAAAUACUCAAAGCUUGAAGUUAUGA